GCAGAGCACAGUGGGUCUAAGGUAGACGUACAUUUACAGAAGUGAAAUGUGGAUUUGUAGUUAUGUUGUUAGUUUACUGGUGUCUCUGUCGACUCCCCCCUCCAUAGAAGAUAAUGGCAUCUGAUGGUGCGCGGGCACAUCUCAGUGAAGGCCCCUUAUACUUCUUUGACCAGCCAACAAGACGUAACCGAAUUAAAGGAAUUAAAAGCUAUAUUUUAUAUGUUAAUGUGGCCAGUGGAGAAGCGCAGGUGGAGGCCACAGCACAAAGUGAUCGAGAAGAGGACCAGAAAGGUGAAAGUCACGUGUUCAACUUCCCAGGUGAAUUAUGUAGCGAUGACCAACUUGGCCCCUCUUCGACUGACAGUGCUGCGUUUAAGGACCUCGAUCAGAUGGAAGCCUACAAGCGAGCGGCCCCUCAGUUACUGGACGACUUGGCUCGUCUGCUUUCACUACAUAAGUGGCCAGAAAAGGGGUGUAUUCCCAGAGGGAUUGUAAAUAUUCUGAAUUACUCCUGGCACGACCUGACUGCAGGGGCGUUACUGCGUUUGAAAAGUCCGACAGUGACUGACCAACGAGGGAAGUCCAAAAGCUCAGUGAACUCUGAGCAAACGUCUCGUCAGAUGCCUCCAAUUGCCGAAGAGAACUCAAGAGAGAAGAUCCCACGUGUUGAGGGAGAUGUUGGUUCCUCUGAGGGAAAGCUCCAAGUCAGUUUAAACCCACGUGUGAGAAACUGCAAAGAAAACAACAGUAGAGCUCACAGCUCCACACCCACCAGUUUCUCCAUCUCAGCCAGUAGCGUUAAAGAUCCAGGUUGGAUCAUUCAGCCAAAGCAGCCCCCCUACAAUGAGCCUCAACAGAUCAGUGUGUGUCACUGGGUGGUGGAGCGACUGCACGCAGCAAGAAACCCUGAAAAACUGGAGCAGGAGUUAAGCAAAGCCCUUGUGCUCCGCCAUUAUGGUGAUGCCAGCGUAAAGGCUAAACUUAAAAACAGCAGAAGAAAGAUCCAACCUGACCCUUUAGCCAACAGUAUCCCUCAGAUACCGGAAAUAAAACUGCAUCAUCCAGUUCAGCAGAAACUGCACUAUAGGAUCAAUGAUGGCUCCUCAUUCAUAUACUACCCAUCAGGCCGAGUGGCAGUCUGUCAGAGUCACUCAGGUCUGCCCUGUGACGGUUUUUACACCAACGUGUUCGCUGAUGAUGAGCAUCCUGUCACCCUCGCGACUAUCACUGCAUUUGGACACGGGGCAGUUUCACACCCUGUUAGCUCUGCCAUCACAGCAGUGUGGGACCAGGAUGGUGGAUUCCUAUAUGAUGGUUAUGGAAACAUAACGAAGGAGUGGAGCUGGCGGAAUAGUCGUACACUGAGAGAUAAGAUUGUUAUACAGUUGUCAGAUCUGAUCUCUGUGAGGCUUUUCAGUGGGAUUUCUGGUGUCCUCAUCUUCAGAUGUGACAACGAAUUUGUUCAACUUUCCCUUUCUGCUGUGUCUUAUAUUAACUGCACAAAGCAAAUGACUUGUUUGCAGACAGAGGGGAAGUUUGUCUCUGCUGCUACUCAAGACUUCAAGCUGCAGAAAAAGACUAAACUUCCAGCAGGUGUUCCAGAGAGCAAAAGUAACCAGAAGCCAACACCUGGGUUCCCACAGAUGCUCAGAGAGGUGGAGGGUCUGGAGGAGCCAUUAGUUUUGUGCAAAAGACAAGGAAAUGCUGGCAGGAAGUUGAAGAAGCUUCAGCAAAGAGCACAAAACAUAGUGGAAAACUGGUUGGACUAUUACUGUGUUGCCAUUGGUAUCAAGUGUCCUGACACAGAACGGAUGCCAGUGGCUCUGCUGAAGACCAGGCUGAGAAGAGAGGUACAGUCAGCUGCUCUUCCCUCUCUGAACUCACCUGGAUGCACAGAUGCUAAACCGGCCCAGCCAUUGGAGUGCAGGAGGGAUGAGUUUCGGGAGAAUCACAAACACCUGUUAGCACCAGCAGGAACGCCUCUGGACUGCACCAUCCAGCUGCCAAGGACAGCAACAAAACGUGACAAGAAAGAGCAUCGUGUCACACGUGUAGGACCCCUUCAGAUUCAUGGGAACAUCGAACCAGAGUCAGUGAUCCUUUCAAGCAGUCCUGAAUCUGAGACGCCUGCCACAACCUACAGUACAGUGAACAUAUCACCAUUCGCCCCCUCCAUCCCACUCACAGUGUGCCCCACUCUGCUGAGAGCUGCCCUGCAGGGGGAGGGGCAACGGAGGAGGUGCUGCUGCAGCGCAGCACUGAUGCCAGUGGUGACAGACCUGGAGUAUGAUGCUCUCAUUAUGGGUCAGCCCCCACACAGUCAACAGAUCCUUGUGGUGUGUGUUACUCCACCACACCACCCACACACAGUUCCCAGCCAGGACACCCUGGAGAUGCUUUACAGGAGGCAAAACAAGCACAGAACCAUGCCAUGUACUCAGUGUCAGAUGGACUCAUUUCGCCUGGUAAAGUACGAGAUGUCAGCGGGAAAGGACAACUGUGGAUUGGGAUUGAAUAACAUCCUGCUGCAGCAGCGACACAAUGCUGCUCCUGGGAUGGUCCUGAUGUACAUCAGAGGGAAGCUGAUAUUUCUGGGAUACAUAUUCAGUGGUGACAGCUGCUCUGCCAGAGACCUUCACAAACAAAUCUCCAGAAGCAGGAGAGACUACAGAUUGGGCAUGACUCUCCCCUCAGACUACAAGUACAGUGAUAAUGUGAACGAUCCUGCAACCACAAAGACACACUUAUCAUCAGAUACAGCACUAGAACCAGAAAAUUUCAACUCUUGACUUUUUCUAAGGAAGAAAUAGAAGCCUAUCAAGUAUUUCAUUAGGCAGAAGGUAUAGGCUGGUAACUCACCUCCUAGUAUUCUGGACCCAGCUUACUGGAGCAGAUUGAUGCAUUCAAACCCCCUCAGAGGUCUGUAGACAAACCUUUCAGUCAAAUAUAUACAUAUGUUUUAAAAGGUUUUUUUUAAGCUUGUUCUGGCCUUGUAAAAAAGACAAGUUCAAAUUACAUACACAUCUCUAAUUUGUGGAACCCAAAGUUGCCCAGUUUGCUCUCACAGUUCUGACCAGAAUAACAGGUGGGGAGAAAAAGUAAGUUGAAAGUAAUUAAUAGCAACACAAAAACAUUCAAGUUCUCAUGGCUUUGCUCCAACAGUGGAGGGACUUUUGCAUUCAGUUAAAAUACCUACUACAUUUCUUCAUAUUUGUGUCAUUACACAUUGAGUUUGCAUCAGUGCAAUGAUUAUAUCUGCAUACAAAGUAAAGUGCAUCAGCAGUGGGAUAGUUCUUAGGUUAAUGUGCAACCAGACUGUAAACAACUAAUUUAGUCACCUUGCAGGUUGGCACCACAUUUCAGUCUGCAGCUGAGAUGUUUGCAGUUAGUAGCAUGUUAAAGUAAAGAUGUAUCAUUAGUCUGAGAUCUUAUGUAAAUACUUAUAUCUGUCUGUUGUAAAUUUAUGAAUGUAAAUGUAUGUCUGUUAUAAUAUUUCUCUAAAAUAUAUGAGCAUAUAGGCCAUAAUAAAAAUCUGUCCAAUGUUUUUUUUUAGUUUUCAUAUAUCAUAAUAAAUCAUUUAGAAACUUGACAGGUUACAGUUCAUUUUACCUGUUUGUUCUUCCCAAAGACCAACUCAAAAGCAUGGUGAAUGAUGAAAGCACUUCUUAUAAAAUGUGCUUUUUUCUUUUUCUUUUUUGUCUGGGUCUAACUUCCUCUCAAUGUGUUACACAAUAAAAAUCUUCAGUCAUAUUUGUGACUUGUUAGUCACACCGAGGUAGUUAAUAUUAGAAGUGAUGAUGUAUGUGAAAAAAUAUG